AAGGCGUCAUGCUGCUGGAUGCAGGCCACCAGUUCCCGGGUCUGGGCUCGUUCGCCCGCCACCAUCCUGCCGCCGGAGACAUGCAGGAGAGAGACCUCAGCCUGGCCCAGAACACUUUUGUGGACUCUGCCCACAUGGGCGCCUUCAAACUCAACCACGAUCUCUCCCCGGGGCAGAGCUCAGCCUUCAGCAGCCAAGCUCCGGGCUACCCGGCGGCAGCUCUGGGGGCUCACGCCGCCCACGUCACCUCAUACGCGGGCUCCCCUUUCAACUCCACGAGGGACUUUCUGUUUCGCAGCCGCGGCUUCGGGGAGACCUCCCCAGCUGGCGGGCAGCACGCUCUCUUCGGCGCCGCUGCGGGAUCCCUGCACCCUUCCCAUCACCACACGGACACGCCGCAGGGCCACAUCUUGUUCCCGGGCAUCCAUGAGCAGCACGGCUCACACGCCUCCACCAAUGUCCUCAACGGGCAGAUGAGGCUCGGCUUGGCGGGGGAGGUGUUCGGCCGCUCCGAGCAGUACCACCAGGUGUCCAGCCCCAGGACCGACCCGUACUCGGCGGCGCAGCUGCACAACCAGUACGGCUCCAUGAACAUGAACAUGGCAGCCCACCACCACCACCAUCACCACCACCCGGGUGCCUUCUUCCGCUACAUGCGGCAGCAGUGCAUCAAGCAGGAGCUCAUCUGUAAGUGGAUCGAACCGGAGCAGCUGAGCAACCCGAAAAAGUGCUGCAACAAGACUUUCAGCACCAUGCAUGAGCUGGUGACGCACGUGUCCGUGGAGCACGUCGGCGGGCCGGAGCAGACCAACCACAUCUGCUUCUGGGAGGACUGCCCGCGGGAGAGCAAGCCCUUCAAGGCCAAGUACAAGCUGGUCAACCACAUCAGGGUCCACACCGGGGAGAAACCCUUCCCGUGUCCCUUCCCCGGCUGCGGAAAAGUCUUUGCCCGCUCCGAGAACCUUAAGAUCCACAAGCGCACACACACAGGAGAGAAACCUUUCCAGUGUGAAUUUGAAGGCUGCGACAGGAGGUUUGCAAACAGUAGCGACCGAAAGAAGCACAUGCAUGUCCACACCUCAGACAAGCCUUACCUGUGCAAGAUGUGCGACAAGUCCUACACACAUCCCAGCUCCUUACGAAAACACAUGAAGGUGCAUGAGUCAUCCUCGUCCGCGUCCGACUCCUCGCCGGCGGCCAGUUCAGGAUAUGAGUCGUCCACCCCUCCGGGCUUGGUGUCACCCACCACCGAGACCCAAAGCAACACCACCCUGUCACCGGCCUCGGCCGUGCACAGCAGCACCAGCCACAGCGGCCUCUCGUCCAAUUUCAGUGAAUGGUAUGUGUAGGACCCACACUGAAGGCGUUUAUACACACACGCACGCACACACAAUCUAAUUUCACAGCACUGGACGAGGAGAUUGGGACAUUUUCUGAUGGUUUUGUCUCCAGCACCACUACAAAAUAUGUAUAAUAGAUUGCUAUUGUAAAUAGUGGCUGACUUUGGUUGUGCUCGUUUGGUCUAUUUGGUGUCUAGAUGUUUCUUCAAUGGUAGCUAUCUCUAACUGGACUCCUUAGUGCACAUAAUCCAGUAAUAACAACUGUACUCCAUAUUGUGAUCCUAAACAGGCAAAUUGAUUGUACUAUACUCUAUAAAAAGGAAAAAAAAACACCUAUAUGAACUGGAAAGCGUGCCAAAGUUGAACACGGACACAUUUUAUCAUGCUUUGUGAAUGUACAUUAUUUUUGUAAUUUUUAAAAGCUCGCCAGGCUUAAUUUACCUGUGUCCUUUUUGUGUGUGUGUGUGUGUGUGUGCUCUGCAAAUUGUGACAAACAAAACCACGCUAUGUGGAAGGACCGUUAAGGAAAAAGAAAACAUUUUUCCUUUAACAUCCUUCCUUUUUUUGUGUAUUUGUAAAUACCAACUGCCAUAUUUAUCCAUUUGUAAGUAAAUUAUGGUAUUUACUUGCUACAGAUGAAACAGUAUUUAUAAAAGAAUCUUUCUCUUUGUUGUUUUUUUUAACUAUAAAUAUGUACAAUUUAAGAGCUUAACCUGGGCAGUUGUUUCGUCGUGCAUUUUUUGGGUUUGUUUAUGGAACGAAAAGUUUAAAAAAAAAGAAGUGUUUUCAUCCUAACUGUGAUAAAACAUCUGACUCCAUACAAAUAUAAUAAAAAAUGUUGCAAGUGCUAUUUUUUUUUUUAUUUCUUGUGCGUCAUUUUUCUGGUGUUUUUGCAAUCGGGCCUCUCACUCAACACGUAAAUAUUUGCUGUGUAAGGUGUUUUAGGCCCCCAGUAAAGUGUGUCAUACUUUUUAUUAAAAUCAGACACUUACCACUACACUUCCUUUAUUAAUAGAAAAAACAUGAAGGCUGCUUAUUGUUGUGUGCAUUGCAGUCAGUGUUCAGUCCAUUUAUCUGCUUUAGCUUUACAAAAAUUCUCUCUGAAAUUGUCCUUUUAACAGUGAAAAAAUAACAUUUUUUCGCCUCAACUUGAUUAAAAACCCUCAGCGGUCCACUGGGGCUUUUUGACAACCGUAAAUAAAUAUUCUAAACAGCUAUGUUUAAUGUAUGGUGUUGUCAUGCAGUUUUGAGACCUUCCUGAUCGGAUUUCCAAUCUGUCUAAUCUUUGGUCUGAGACGGAGUGGCAUGGAUGAAGUUGUGUGCAAAGUAGUCAGUGUUCUCUCUGUUUAUCUUCACAAGACACUCAAUACUCAAAAGUGUAUAAACUAUUGUAUCAAGGUACUUUAGGGUUCUCUACCCUAUCUCGUAUUUGCUUCUGGAGGUCUGAUUAGUGGCCACCUUGCGGCUGGAGAUGUAGGUCUGUUUGGUCUGGGGUCCUGGCCGGUCCACUAAUAGGAAAAGAAACAAUACCAAAAAGGCAUUUUGUAGCCUUGAACUUGAGGCUGUUGUGCCUUCAUUGCAGUCACUGUUAAGUCUGUCGUCCUGGCUGGUCCAUGGGGAGAUGGACUUGAACUUGUGGUUAGCGCCAUGCUAGUUAGCAGACAUUUUGACAAUCAGGCAUCUCGUUUGUCAAAUUCUCUCAAAUUUGGGAUCAGGCCCCCAAAAGUAAAGACGCUGAGAUGACUAAAAUCUUUAAAGGCAAUGUAAGCAUUUUUAAUAAUACAUCAUGUUCUUUAAUACACCAGGACACCCCCCCCCCAUAUGAUUUUCUGGCUUAUUACCAUAUCUAACUUAAUUUGUGCAGAUAUUGGGAAAUAACUAUAAAAGUACACUUCAUUCGCUAACCGUGCUACAAAAAGGUCAGUUAGGAUAAUCCAUAAUAGAGAACAUACAAACCCUUUAUUCCUAAAAUCACAAUUAUUAAAAUUUGCUAAUCUGGUAAACUUUCAAAUGGAUAAAAUUAUGCAUAAAGCAAAAAAAACCUGCUCCCCAAAAAUGUAAUACAAUCCUUCUCAACAAGAGAACGCUUUUAUGCCAGAACGCUGAAAACCUUUAGCAGUCUCCGUGGAAUCAAGUUCUGGAAAACGCAUUGUGUAAAGAACUCAAACAAUGCACUAAAAUGAGCAAUUUCAAGAAACGGUACAAACUGUUGAUGUUGACAAAGUACCAGAAAGAAGAGCCCUGAACAAAGUUUACAUCCAAUACUGUACAAUGCUAUGUCCAACCACUCCUGCAAUUUCUAUGAACGCUUCAUUUCUUUGUGAGUACAUUGUCUAUACUCACGUAUCAUCCAACUUAUAAUUAUAUAUUUAGAUUUAUUUACAGUGAUUAUAAACCUCAGCUCCUAUUCUACCACAUUGUUAUACUGCCUUAUCAUUUUCUUAUGUAUUCAAAAUUGGCAAAGAGUACAUUUGGAAUACAGGAAGUGAACAAAUGUAUUGUAAUUGAUGUGAAACGGAUGGGGGUAGGAUUAAAUAAGCUUUGCUUCUUCCUACUCCUUUUUUUGGGGGGGACAUGUGGAACUGUGAAUUUUACUAUGUGAUGUAUUCCAAUGUAACUUGUAUGCAUGUUCAAAAUAAAUGAAACCGCUACCA